CUGAGCCCUGGGCCGUGCUUUUCCAGGGCAUCGACUGGCAACCAAAGGGGCGGGCCCGCGGCCGGCGACUGCCUUUUCCCAGGGGUCCAAGCCGAAGCCGGUGGGCCGGGGGCCGGGGAGUCUCUCCUUACUUCUGCCGAGCGGAGCCGGGAGGUUGGCGGCUGCCUCAUCGUUCUGGUUCUGCCACUGGUCGGCCGUCGGGGAGGGAGCCACUUGCUGCACCUGUUCCUUAGCCUCAGUUUCCCUCCAACAGUUAGCCGGGUUCUUCUGGGGCGGGGUGGGGGUGGAGGCGGCCAACAGACUCCCCGCGACCUGCUGGCUCUUUCUUUCCCUGGGCCUCUUGGGGAUUCAGUGUCCCCUUCUGUAAAAUGGACUUAAACUCGCCCAACUCGGGAUCAGACAUGGGGUGUUGAAAGCCCAGGGCGGAGAAACUGAGGCCGGAGGUGAUGUUCACCCAACCCACCCUGGCUAAUCAGUGGAAGGCCUCCGUAGUAGAACCGAGUCUGGGGUUCUCCGCGCAGGAGGAAGCGGGAGGAACUGCUUGGGAGAGGGAGGGUCCCUUGGAACCUCUGGCCAACCUCUCCCCAACUUUGUGGGGAGGGGGUUGGAAAAAAGUGCUUGGGCGCCCCAGCCAUCCCCUAGCACGUCGCAGUGGCCUUUUAUCCUUCUCCUAGCCCUCUGCUACCCCCUUAGUUCCCGACGAAGGGGAUGAGACAGGUGGGGAGCAUCACAAGUCGCCGGUUCCAUGAGGUGGGUGCCCAGUGGGCUGGGUCACACCCACCGCGGGGCCUCUUGGCUCUCCCCAGCAGGUGGCGCUCGCGGUUGCCUUUGUUUAGUUUCUUAAUUGGCUAGUGACCCUGAGCAGUUAAAUCUGCGACUUGGCAUUCACAACUUGCAAUGCUGACUCCAGGAAUCAUGUUUUCUGUCUCACCUUUUGACAGGCACACAUUUUAUCUUUUUAAAAUACAUGAGGGGUCCUAGCACUCUGUAAGCACUCACUCACUAUUUUUAUACCUGGGUCCCAGGGCUUCCGACUCAGGUGUGCAUGAGAAGGAGCUGAUACCCUUACCCUAUUCAGAGUGUCACCAAGGAGAAGCACUGGUGGGUGGCCAGUAGAGGGGACCCCUAUCGGGUAUCCCACCAGAUCGCUCAGGUGCUCUUGGCUUCCUUAUGUCCCUCUGGCCCAGGAACACCAAGGCUCAGAAGUAGGGAGUGUGCCCAAGGUCAAACAGCUAGAAGGAGCUGGAGCUGGGACAUAACCCAGUUUUGUCUGCCCCCGGGCUGGGGCUCUGUCUCCAAGCUACCUGGCCAGCUGGGGAGAUCCUCCGAAUGGCUGGGAGACCACGGAUGCUGCACAGAUGAAGGGUCUUUCCAGGACUGAAGUUCUGCUGUCUGAUUAUCCCCAAAACUGCUAGAAAGACUGAAGGCUGGACAUGAGACGUGGUUAAAGAUACACAGGCCACGGGCUGUUCUAUCCUCCACACUUGGCCCGGUGAGUGGGGGCUAGGCUUUCAUGCCCUAAGCCCCAGACUGAAUUCCAUCCCCCUCAGAUCUCUACAUUUCUGUACUGAGGGCAGUAAUGUCACUGCCUCCCUCUUCCCAUGGGACAGACCAGGAACUAGAGCCUUUGUCCCCCCCCAACCCCACCCAUUCCCCCUGCCCAGGCAUGUUCCUAGGACUCCAGUGGGCUGGGGACCCCUUCCUUUCUGUGGAAUUGUGGCUCCUCUUCACUCCUCCCAGCCAUGGGACCCUGGGAAAGCACAAGGCUGGGGUCAGCUGAGUUGAAAUAAUGGAUGGAAACACCCUUCUGGUUCCAAAACCCCCUGCAAAGAUGAGGCCCAGCUCAGGCAGUAAGCACUCAACCAGUGCGGAAUGAGAGGGGGCUAGAGUGGGAGGGACACUGGAGACCAUCUGGGCACCCCAGAGUCCCAGGGAUGCAUGAAAAACCUUGGCAGCUCAACUGGAAGGAAACUGGGCAGGACCCCGCCCAGGCCGAGGGGCAUACUACACAGGCUGCCCCCUCUUGCCAACAGGACCCUUCUGUGCGGGGGGAGGUCAUUUCCACAGAGGGGUUGGCUCCAUAAGACGCGAGGGAUGGACCGUUCAGGGGAGAUUUCCAGGCUGAGGCGGGGGACUUCCAUGUCCAUUGGAGAGGGGGUGUUGACCUGGCUGUUGCCCUUACCUAGUACCUGAGGGGGUCAUACCUGCUCAUUGACUCGGACAUGUGCUGAGCCUCCCCUGUGCCUGGCCCAAGGAGACUGGGGACUGGAGCUCUGCAGAUGCCUAGGGACGGAGAGGUCAAUGGAUUGGCUCAAGUUCUGAGCUAGGGGGUGCCCGCGCCCUCUCCCCUCAGCACCCUGCCCCUGUGACCCAGAGCAAAUAGGCCAAGCCCACCUCUCAGCCCGGAUUCCAGUGCUGCCGCCUCAUUCCUGAGCAAUCUGGGGGGCUCCUGCCCCUUCCUUUCCCUCUAUUUUCCAGCCUGCGCCUCAAGGGGCUUCAGACGCCUUCCCACUCUGACUCUCUUGGGCUUCUGAAUCAAACCAGACCCCACUGGACAACCAAAGAGUUAAGCAAAGGAAAACCCCAGCUCCCUAGGCUCCUUUGAUCUCCCACAGAUCCCAGAGGCUGGAGAGGAGGGAGCCGAGAGGAGGGGAAGUGGGAAGCCAGCUCAGCCCGCUCCCUCCGCCUUCCCUCCGCCCCUCUCCCUCCUUCUCUCCCUCCCUCUUCGGCUCAGCCCGGGGGUCUGGGCCAGCAACGAGCAGACAUGGGCCAAGGAGCCAGAGACUGCCCAGAGGCCGGGGGUCUGUGAGCUGCCGUGGAGGCCACUGGACACGGGGUCACCAUGGGGAUAGCUUCCCUGGACCUCCUCUGUGCAGGGCUCCUGCUCCCUCUCUUGGUGUUUGCGGUCCCCACCGAGGAGCCCUCCUCUGGGGAUGCGGUGGCCUCGGGAACCCCUGGGUACUGUCAACGGUGCUGUGACUCUGAGGACCCCCUGACCCCUGCAGAUGAAGUAGUGUUAUCUGCCUCUCCAUCUGCCCUCCCAUACCUGCUGCCUGAGGUCAGGCCCUACAUUAACAUCACCAUCCUGAAGGGUGACAAAGGGGACCGAGGCCUGCUGGGCACACCCGGGAAGCUGGGCCGGGAGGGUCCCCGGGGGGAGCGUGGCCCGCAGGGCACCAAGGGCGCCAAGGGGCAGGCGGGCAGCCCCGGGGCCCCGUGCCAGACGCGCUUCUCAGCCUUCUCGGUGGGCCGCAAGACGGCCCUGCACAGCAGCGAGGGCUUCCAGCCGCUGCUUUUUGACACUGUCUUUGUCAACCCCGAUGGCCACUUCGACCUGACUGCCGGUCACUUUGUCGCCCCGCUGCGUGGCCUCUACUUCUUCAGCCUCAACGUCCACAGCUGGAACUUCAAGGAGACGUACGUGCACGUUGUGCACAACGAGGAGGCGGCCGUCAUCCUCUACGCGCAGCCCAGCGACCGCAGCAUCAUGCAGAGCCAGAGCGUGAUGCUGGCGCUGGCGCCCGGGGACCGCGUCUGGGUGCGUCUCUUCAAGCGCGAGCGGGAGAACGCCGUCUACAGCGACGACGUGGACACCUACAUCACCUUCAGUGGCCACCUCAUCAAGCCUGAGGAUGAUUAGUGGUCCCCGGUGGGGCAGCCCCCGCCCCGGGGUCGGGGGAACUGUGGGCAAAGUUGUCCUCCAUGAAGUGGGCCCCCGGGACCAAGCAUUCUGGAUGGGCUUCCUCUUCUUUCCUUCCCUCCAACAUCUCGCUCUCUCUCUUCUCUUGGACAUAUUUUAAGAAGCACGCUAACCUGAAUAUUCUAGAACUUUCCCAGCCUGCGAACGCGGCAGAUUCUGAUUCUGGUUCUGAAGGGGGCGGUGUCCAGGGUUCUGCACGUAUAAGAAGUUCCUGGAAGUAGUUGGUGCUAUUGGUCCAGGGACCCGCCUUGAGUCCCCAGAUUCUAGACCUUUCCCAACAUUCUGGAAUCCUCCAAACAUUCUAGACUCUUGCCAAAUCCUUCACUUCUCUCAUCUUUCCAGGACCCCCACCCCCACCCCAUCCUCUUGCUCCUUCCACCUUCUCUGUCCCUCUCUUGUGCACCCCACUUGUGCAGCCGCCGUUCCCUUAUUCAUUCAUCAAACGCUCUCUGAGCACUCACUCUGUGUCAGGCUCUGGGGAAGCAGAGGUGAGACACAGGCCCUGCCCUUGGUGAGUGCCCAGCCCCGCCAGGGUGGGGAGACACAGGCUCAGGAAACCAGACCCAGAAAAAUAGCAGGGCUCUCAUCACAGAAGUCUGUGUCUGGGCGUUCAGCCACCAUGGACCGUCCUUGUCUGCAGGUCCCCAAGGUGGAUAGAGUCCCCAAGGACUUAUCCCCUUAUCCUUGUUCAUUUCUUUCCUUCCUGCCCAAAGCCCUUCAUUAAAGCAAACCCCAGAAGGGCCAUGGUCAGGGCAAGGGUGCUAUGAGGGGAGGAUCCAGGGGCCUGCGGCAUUUGGGGGUGAAGAGGGCCCUUGGGAAAGGGAGCCCAGACCCACAUCUCCCCACAUGUCAGGUACGGCAGCCCGCGAGGACUCCUCCCCUCCUCACACAUCCCCUUCCCCAUCCCCAAGGCGCCUGGGCCUCGGUUCUCCCAGGCUCCCAGCCACCGCCAGACACUGACGUCGUCCUCAGGUGCUCUCUGACCCUCCUUGGCCCUCCUUGGCGGCCCAACGUCCCUGGCUUUCCGGACCUGGUUAAAGUGCUGAGGUCCCGAUGGGCAGCUCGUGCCCGGCACGGAGCCUCCUGUGGCCAGAUGCCACCUUGACACGUGCCACUGGGCCAUGGGCCAGGCUUUGGAGCCCUCAGCAGGUCUAGGGAACUGAAGCAGGCAACAUCCCAGGUCAGUGGAGGGGAACCUCCUCUGAGCCAUGAGGCUAAGACAGGCACUGGGAGUGACCAAGGCCAAGGAAGGGACAUCAGGCCUUCUGUCCUUUCUCCCUCUCCCGGGGUGGGGCAGUCUGGCGGUCUCCGGCCUUCUUGUCUCCUAUCCCAGGCAGCCUGAACCUCUCUCCAGAGGGAAAUGGCUGCUUCCCGUUGGUGCUGAUGCUGACCGUGGGGCAGAGGCGCCCCGGGCAGUGGUCUCUGGUGCUCACUCGUAGCCGACGGAUUCACGGCUCAGUGAUGGGGGGCUGGCAGCAGGACCUGACCCCGUGCCGUGAACGCUGGUGCUAUAUCCUCACUCCUCACCUGACUUCACCCCUGUCCUGCUUGUCUGGAGUGAUUAAAGUGUGUGUCUUUUUGGCA